ACUGCCAAGCGUGUGCUCUGUCGUUCUUCUUUCUCUUUGCAGCCAUAUCGCUAUCAGAAUCAAUCGCUGGCGAGAUAUCUGCACCCAGCGACCGCGUCGGUUCGUUGUGGGGGGUGGAGUUGAGGCACACAAAAAAUGAGCCCCAGUCGAUACAGAAACAAUCUAUUCAAGUGUCUGUCCCCGGCUUGGGGGAGCAGGAAACGAAAUCUAUGGCUUGGGUGCGGGUGGGCGAUAUCUUUCUCAAAUUUGGUACAGUGCUGCGUAGAAGGUAGAGAGAGCUGAACGACUGAUUUUGUUUAUUAGUUUUCAAUGACUUCAGCGAAGUAAACGCACAUUUAUGAAAAUGGAUAGAUUAAAUCAGGAAAAGAAUGCAUUGCAGCCAUUGCUGGAUUGAUUCAAGGAUAAGCUUAUACAAUCCUGAUUGUAUAAAAGCAUAUGGAAAUAGUGAGUGCCUUAAAUUACUCACCAAGUAGACAAACUUCAUCGCAUCUGAUGGACAAAUAGAAAAGUAUAAUUUCAAGUAUAAAGUUUCGUAUAUGUUUUCAUGACUCUUACAUGCACUUUCUCUUAACUGAUCUUGGAGAUGAAGUCAAGCACAAAAACAAAUAUCUCAGAGCUCAGGGAGUUCUUCGCUUGUGUCAGAGCUGGUGAUCAUCGAAAAGUGAAACAAUGUCUUAAGGACAAAUUUGUGGAUGUCGAUUCUGUGGACCCAGAUGAUCCACUUGGACCAACAGCUAUAAUCAUAGCCAGUGAGCUUGGUGAUGUGAAAAUGGUACAAAUGUUUAUGAGAGCCAAACCAAAGCCAGCUAAUGUCAAUGCAGAAACUGUGAAUGGUCGACGAGCAAUAUGGUUGGCAGCAAAGCAAGGCAACAAGACAUUGGCUGAGAAACUCUUGAAGGACAAAAAGUGUGAAGUGAACUAUAUAGAUCGUGAAACAGGAUGCAGUCCCAUGCUCCGUGCCAUUAUCAGCAACAAAGCAGAUGUGGUAAGACUCUUGUUGCAUGCUGGAGGUGAUGUCAACCUACGGCGCCUUGGCUUUGUCCAAGGUGCAGAAACUCCACUUAUUAAAUCAGUCCAAAUGGACAAUCUGGAAAUCUGUCAGAUGCUGGUCAACUCACUUUGCGAUAAAAAUGCUAAGACAGAAGAUGGUCUGACAGCACUUCACUAUGCUGUAGCCUACCGACGAUAUGACAUAUGUCGCUUUUUGUUGAGCGAACGCAUAAAAGUCCAUGCUAGCAGCUGCAAUGGUGUAACAUCCAUGCUGAUAGCCAUAGAACAUCAUAAUGCAGCAAUGGUUCGCCUUCUUAUCCAGUAUGGAUACAAGCUGGACCGUCCUUACAGGUGGGGUGAGAUGCCCAUCCAGCAGGCCAUAGCACUUCACAGUCAGCUGUGUGCAAUGACUCUUGCCUACUGGGGUUGUAGCUUGGAAUUAAAGUCUUCAAAGGCAAGCAAGAAAGUUGAACCUUUCUCUGCAUUUUAUCUGGCAGUUGGAGAGCGACUGAUGACAUUAGCUCGUCUGCUGAUUGAUCUCCAUCCAGCAUUUUUGCGAGAAAAGUGGUUAUGGCAAAGGGACUGGCCUGUUUCAUUGUAUCGUCGUCCAAUGGUGCGGCAAUGGCUUUUAGACCAGGCAUCUACACCUAGAACACUAAAAAAGCUUUGUCGUGCAGCAAUUUUUCAAAGACUUGGAUUGUAUGCUCCAAAGAAAAUUGAAAAACUGCCCAUCUCCCAGCCUUUAAAGGACUAUUUGUGCUUUCCUGAACAUAUCAAGGAAGAAUUUUACCUCGAAAAGACAUUAUCAAAUGAAGACUGUCCCUAUGAUUGUGCAGUUUUGUGUUCAUCUAGACAGUGUCCACCUUUAGAUUUAUCUUUCUCUGAUGAUUCUGAUCAAGAUAUUGAGUACUGGUGAUAAGUGACUCAGUCUUGAUUUCAAUAUUUCUGUUGCUUUCUAGCUUUUCUGGGAAAGAGUUGUGUGUUUGUAUGCACACACGCAUAUGCAUGAUGGCAAUUUUUUUAAAUACCUGCACUCUUUUGAUAUCUGUACUCUUUUAUUCGGGUAGCAAUCUGCUUAUACAUGGCUAAGACACAUCUUUGAGUGAAGGUUCUCAUGCACCUGUUUCUGUUUUUUUUUUUUUUGUUUGUUUGUUGUUGUUGUUUUUAAAGAUGCAACCAUUAUAUGUCUGAUUUUAUAUUCACAUGGCAGAUUAAUUUCCUGGAAGUUGAUCCAAUAAAUAUGUUUUGUAUUUGUAAUUAAAAAGUAAAGAAAUUAUGAACUAUAUCUCAUUUAUAUUUGAACACAUUGAUGUUAGACCUCAGUACAUGAUAGCAUGUACAUUUUUUACAAACUAUGCCAUCCAUGUACAAUCAAAUGAGAAACUGAUCAUACCUACAUUAAAGAAAUAAUGUUUUUGAUUGACUUUUUUUUUAAAUUUUAAAAAUAGCUUAUAGUCACUUUUUACAAGACACGUUUUGUCAAUGCACAGAAACAUUUUCAAUGGUUAUUACGCUUAGCAAAUUGCACAACUUUUCUAUAUUGUCUUCUGAAUGCAUGCACACACACACAAAUUGGAUCAGUCAUUACAUAAUGGUCAUAUUCGUCAAUCGGUAAUGGACUGUAUGUAUGUGUAUAGAGGGUGUAGUAAGAGCUCUAUAUCCUGAGGGGUUCUAUUGUGUAUAAGAUACCCCUUGUCAUCAGUACAGUGAGAGGCCGUGGGUUCAGACCUCAUAUCUGGACACUGCAUGUGACACUAGUUCACAUUCCCAGGUACUUUGAUUUACUUCCCCCUUCAUCACCCCUCUCCCUCAUGUACGAAAUCCCCUCAACAUUAGCUGAUCUUUUUGUUGGACACAUCUAGAGAACAAUCUAGUACAAAAAUUUCAUCACAUGUGUUUUCAUCAAUAAAGAGGAAUUCCAUGCUGUAUAACAGAAUUAAUCAUUUUCUGAAAUUCAUUGUAAUAAACCUGGGAGAAUUAGCUAAAACAUAAUUUUUAGUUAUAUGUUUUGAAAUCAGUUACUGCACUCUGUAUUGCCCUUAUGUUUAAAUUUGGAAGGGGAGUCAAGUUUUGGUUGGCUGCUUCAGUUGUUGGUUAGUUCAGUGGGAAUUUAAGUGUUUUCACCUUGAGGUGAUUUCCCACUAUGAGUGAGAAAGGAGAAAACCUAGAAAACUCCUGAAGGCCAGUCCUGAAAACUAUCACAGAAUGUCCUGAGACAAUAUCUGAACCUCUAACUGCAGUCUUGACAAACCACUAUACUUCCGAGCACUGGGGUUUAAAAGAAAUAAGUUCUGACAUCACCGCCCAUUGAGUGACACAUAGACCUCUAUAUAAAUCCAGUUUAAUCACGAAUAUCCUGUUGUUUGAUGGAGGCAAAAAAGCUUUAAAAUAGUUCCUCUGAUGCCCCGGCAGGGGAUCGAACCCUGGAUCUUCGGUUUACGAGACCGACGCCUUACCACUUGGCCACCGAGGCUUGCUGAGCAAUCGGCAGCAAUAGUAAAAAUAUAAAUGUGUGGCGACCAUUACUACUGAGCGUAAUAUCGGUUUCAACAAGAGUUUACUGAGGCGGGAAAGUGAAAGCUACUCUGUCCCUCACGUGUGACCGCGACUUCUCCUUUACCGACUAUCAGUCUUCACACAAGGAUGUCUAGUACUUCACAGCGUGCUGCGCCGACCGAAACUCUAUCGGAGCAAAAGGUUUUCUUUGUUCUCUUUUCUCCCCGAAAGACGACGAGACGAUAUAAGCACACAGCAUUUCCUUUGUUAGUGAAUAAGACCAACAAGAACCACAACUCUUUCCUUUUGUCAAGAGUUACCGCCCA